UCAUUGAAACAGUUAGCGCCAUCUUUUGACACUUCUUCCACUCCCGUCCUUGCACGCUACACCGCUACAACAAGGAGAAGAGGCUGUCCAAGAGGAGGCACGUAAAAAAGACGGUGAAUCCUCAAGAGACUGUCAGAAACUUUCCAACUCCCACAACGGCCCAUGUAGCGUUGUGAGCGUCCUCGAGGGCCCGCCGCUAGAAGGGCCUCCUCCACAAAAAACCUCAGCCCGGGACUCCCUUGCAGAGUCACGAUGGGGGAAGUAGUCCAUAUGCACUUCACCACGGUGGACUACGUCAUCUUUGCCUUGCUGCUGGUGGCCUCGGCCGGCAUCGGCCUCUUUUACGCCUUCUCCGGCGGACGCCAACGCACCACUCAGGAGUUCCUGAUGGCCGACCGCUCCAUGAGCUGCCUUCCCGUGUCUUUGUCUCUGCUCGCCACCUUCCAGUCGGCCGUGGCGAUUCUGGGCGCGCCGUCCGAAGUGUACACCUUCGGGACUCAGUACUGGUUCCUGGGCUGCUCCUACUUCUUGGGUCUACUCAUCCCGGCGCACGUUUUUAUACCGGUCUUCUACCGACUGCGGCUCUCCAGCGCCUAUGAAUAUCUGGAGCUCCGCUUCAACAAGACAGUCCGCAUAUGUGGGACCAUCACCUUCAUCUUUCAGAUGGUCAUCUAUAUGGGCGUGGUCCUUUAUGCUCCUGCUUUGGCCCUCAAUGCAGUCACUGGUUUUGACCUGUGGGGAGCAGUUCUCGCCAUGGGACUCGUGUGCACCCUCUAUACCGCUCUGGGCGGCCUGAAGGCGGUGAUGUGGACCGAUGUGUUCCAGACCGUGGUCAUGUUUGCCGGACAGCUGUCCGUCAUCAUUGUCGGGGCUCACCAGGCCGGGGGCAUCGCCGAGGUCUGGAGGAAAGCGGUGAACGGAAGCCGCAUCGCUGGACUGGACCUGAAUCCCGAUCCUUUGGAGCGCCACACCUUUUGGACGCUGGGCGUGGGUGGGGUCUUCCUGAUGCUGGCCCUGUACGGGGUCAACCAGGCCCAAGUCCAGCGGUACCUCAGUUCCCGCACAGAGAAAGAGGCUGUCAUGUCCUGCUAUGUGGUUUUCCCGUGCCAGCAGAUAGUCCUAUGUUUAGGGUGUCUGAUGGGUCUGGUCAUGUUUGCUCGCUAUGGAGAAGACAGUCCUUUAGAUAAAGGCUACGUCAAAACCAAUGAUCAGAUGGUGUUGUACUUUGUGAUGGAUGUGUUCCAGGAUCUUCCCGGGCUCCCUGGUCUGUUUGUGGCCUGUCUCUUCAGUGGAGCCCUAAGCACCAUCUCAUCAGCCUUCAACUCCCUGGCAACAGUAACCAUGGAGGACCUCAUUAAACCGCAUUUUCCAAACAUGACCGAGUCCAAAGCCACGUUUCUGUCCAAAGGACUUGCUCUGGCCUAUGGUCUCGUAUGUCUGGCCAUGGCCUACCUCGCCUCCCUGAUGGGCUCCGUGUUGCAGGCCGCCUUGAGCAUCUUUGGGAUGGUGGGCGGUCCCCUGCUGGGUGUCUUCUGUCUGGGGAUGUUCUUCCCCUGGGCCAACCCAACGGGGGCGCUGGUGGGACUGGCAGCGGGCCUCACCAUGGCUUUCUGGGUCGGCAUCGGCAGUUUCCUGACGCGCGCGCCGACCUCGGUCUCGCCGCUCGGCACCGUGGCUCCGCCCCCUUUUGAGAACGUGACCACUGCCGUCUUGACCUCGCUGGUCAACGCUACCACCCCCAGACCCAGGCCCACAGGCGUAGAAGCACUUUAUUCCUUGUCCUACAUGUGGUACAGUGCUCACAACUCCACCGUUGUGGUGGUGGUGGGUCUGAUUGUCAGCCUGCUCACAGGACCGAUGAAGGAGAAGCAGCUCACCCCAGGAACGGUCUAUCCGGUUUUGGGUAAUCUGCUCUUCUUCCUGUCUGAGCGAUACAAAGAGAAGCUGUGCUGCGUCACCCCGCUGCCACAAAAGCCCAAAGAAGUCAACACACCUUACGAGCGGGACAAGACCGGGGAGAACGGCGCUGCGUACUGCAAAGAGGACACGGUCACGGAGGACAAAGAAAUGGAAAGUGACAGCGCCCAGGAUGAGGAGAGCAGAGCGAGUCGACCCUUGUGUCAGCUGACCGCUCACAGCGUGGCGGAGACGGCCCUCUAGUCCUCUCUCUGGGCACCUAGACCAUGGGCAACCUGGACGGCCGUCCCAUUAGAGCGCCGUUUGCUCAGACGUCCGCAACUAAACCUGAUUUGGGGAGAAUUCCACGCCAGUGAGUAAAAGUGGGGCACUGCAAUAAUUAAGUUAUUUCAACUGUUGGGUUCCAAGUUGUGGUACUUUUUAAAAUAUCUCUUUUUAAUCUCCAAAGACAAGACCAUAAAGUAGCACUUUGCACAGACCUUCCUGAUCUGUCCUCGGUCUGAAGAGCAGGGGUAGCUCUUCUCUGACGUCAAGUUCGGUACAAAAUGUGUCAUGUGGGUUAUUUUUCUAGUGACGAUUGACCGACAGUACAGUCCUAAAUUUUGGACACACCUUCUCCUCAUUUAUAGCAAGUUCUUUUUUUUUUCAUGACUAUUUACAAAAACCCCAAAAGCAGUGAAGUUGUCACGUUGUGUAAAUGUUAAUUAAAAAGUGAAUACAACUUAAAUUCAAUUGAAUAAACUGCAAAGACGAGAUAUUUCACGUUCGAACUGGUUUAUUUUUUAUUGCAAAUAAUAGCUCAUUUGGAAUUUGAUGCCUGCGACGUGUUUCAAGAAAGUUGGCACAAGUGGCAAAAAAGAGGGAGAAAGUUGAGGGAUGCCCGUCAAAGACUUGUUUGGAACAUCCCACUGGUGAACGGGCUGAUUGGGAACAGGUGGGUGCCGUGAUUGGCUCGGUUGGUAGAGCGGCCGUGCCAGCAACUUGAGGGUUGCAGGUUCGAUUCCCGCUUCCGUCAUCCUGGUCACUGCCGUUGUGUCCUUGGGCAAGACACUUUACCCACCUGCUCCCGGUGCCACCCACACUGGUUUAAAUGUAACUUAGAUAUUGGGUUCCACUAUGUAAAGCGCUUUGAGUCACUAGAGAAAAGCGCUAUAUAAAUAUAAUUCACUUCACAAAAGCAGCUUCCGUGAAAUGCUCACUCGUUCACAAACAAGAACGGGGCGAGGGUCACCGCUUUGAGCAGCUAUUGCAGGGAAUUUAGGGAUUUCACCAUCUACACUCCGUAAUAUCAUCAAAAUAUUCAGAGAAUCUGGAGAAUUCUCUGCACGUAAGCGGCAAGGCUGAGAACCAACAUUGAAUUCCCUUAGUUCCCGAAGGCCAUGUAACACACUGGUAAAAAUGUGCCAACUUGUUUUUGCAAUGUCGCUGCCGUUAAAUUCAAAAUGAAUGAUUAUUUGCAACAACAACAACAAAAAUAUCUCAGUGUGAACAUGAAAUAUCUUGUCGAUUGAAUAUAAGUUGAAAAGGAUUUGCAAAUCAUUGUAUUCUCUUUUUAUUUACCAUGAAAACGUAGCUAUUUAACAAGGAAAUAAAAUUCACAGAGCCAUUUAGCGCUUUAUGCACUCACCCUCAUCUCAUGAAAACGAUCAAUUUACCUAUUUAACAAGGAAAUAAAAUUCACUGAGCCAUUUAGCGCAUUAUGCACUCACCCUCAUCUCACGAAAACGAUCAACUUAGCUAUUUAACAAGAAAAUAAAAUUCACUGAGCCAUUU